AUGGUGGACAAGGAGUGUGGCGCCUUCGGCGGACAAGGCGUCGGAUUUGGCGGCGGUAAGAAAUUUAGCGGCAGCAAGAGCAGUUUUAAGGAAUCUCAUUUCUCGAUCCAAAGCGGGGACCUACAAUUUGGAAAAGGCUUUGGUUUCAAAGACGGCGACAUCUUCCAUCAUCAACAAUUUUACAAGCCCGGACAUGGUCUUCGAGGUUUUGAUGGAGCCAGAAAUAUUCAUGGAGGAUUCGGUGCUGGAUCUUCAUCGCAAAGCUCUUCCUUUUCUUCGAGUGGUAGCAAUAACGAUGAUUCGGGAGCAAUCCAAUUCGAAGGCCAAAAUUCUGAAAGAGGAGAUCUGAAUACUCAAUUCGGUCAUUUACAUUCUGGAUCAGGUUUUGGUGGAAGUUCAAGCAGCGCCAGUAGUGCAAGUUCUGCAUUUUCCGGAAACCAGCAACAACAACUACAAUCUGGAUUCGGAGGCGGAGUUCAAGGUUCCGGUUUCGGUUCAACGGGACGACUUGAUGGUGGAAGUACAGGAUAUGGUAGCCAGAACGCUCAAUUUAGUCACUCUGGAUCUGAUUAUCAGUCGUUCGGUAAAAGCGACGGAUUUUCUUCGAAUGAACAGCAACAACAAAAUUUGCAACAAGGAUCACAAAGAGGAUUUGAUUCUGAUGGUGCUAGUGGACUUCAACAGUCUGGCUUUGGUUCAGGAGGUCAGUUUGAAAGUGGAAGCUCUGCCUUUGGUGGUCACUCCCACAACUCCCACUUUGGACAAUCAGGAUCAGGGUACGGCCAGAGCAAUGGAUUCAAAGCUAACGAACAACAACAACAACAAAACGAUCAAUUCGGGCAAUUACAGUCCGGAUCAGGUUUUGGGGCCGGAAGUGCAAGCAGUGCAAGCUCAUCAUCCUCUGGAAACCAACAACAACACCUUGGAUCGCAGACAGAUUUUGGAUCUAAUGGCGGAAGCCAAAGUCAAGGCGCAGGGUUUGGCGUAUCAGGUAAACUUACAGGAGGGAGUACUGGUCACUAUGGACAACAGGAAUCAAGCUUCAAUUCAUUCGGUAAAAGUGAUGGAUUUGAGGAUAACGGACAACAACAACAACAACUGCAGCUUGGAUCACAUACAGGUUUUGAAUCUAACGGUGGAAGCCAAAGUCAAGGCGCUGGAUUUGGCUCAUCAGGACAACUGUCAGGUGGAAGCUCAGGAGGCCAAUACGCGCAGCACGGAUCAAGCUCCGACUCCUUCGGGAAAAGUGAAGGUUUUAUUGAUAACGAGCAACAACAACAACAGCAGCAGGGAUCACAGUCAGGUUUCGAAACAGCUGGAAGUCAAGGAGGCCUUGCAUCUGGAUCAAGUUCUUCCAGUUCAAGCCAAGCUAGUGGAUCAUCUGGAAGCUACGGUGCUAAUCAACAAGGGCAGAGCGAUCUUCAUACUGGUAUAGGUGGAGCUCUGCAGCUCGCGGCGCAAGGCUUGAAACAAGCUCAGGAGCAGAACAGCGGUUGCAGCACUUGUGGUAAAAGCAGUUACGCUCUUAGUAACGCAAAGAGUCACAGCGGGUCAGCUAUUGCCCUCUCCGUAGCAGGUUAA